AUGUUUGACACAACAAUCUCCUAUGAUCACAAUACCACAAACUUUGUUGAAAGUUUCAAUGCUUCCACCAAAGCUCACAGAGAUUUACUUGUGCUGAAUAUACUUGAAGCCAUUAGAGUUUGGUCCAUGAAGAGAAUUGGUGCAAGGUUUGACAAGGCCAUUGACAUGGAGCCAGGGCAUUUGACUCAUUAUGCUACAAAGGUCCUUCAAACCAGGAGUGGGGAAUCAAGGUUCUGUCAAGCUACACCAUGUGGAGGAGGAGAGUUUGAAGUGACAGAUGAAAAUGUUAAAAUUUUGGCAAGGAUCAGUUAUGGCUGUGGCAAGUGGCAAGGUUGUGGGAUCCCUUGCAAGCAUGCCUUGAAGGUCAUGUACAAUCAGAGGAUUCACCCUAUUAAGUAUGUUUCUGAUUAUUACAAGGGUGCAGCUUACAAGGCCACCUAUAGUGGGCACAUCCAUCUCAUGGCUGAUUCUUCUCAUUGGCCAGAUUACUAUCUACCUCACACACUAGUAGAAUAA